AAUCACAUAAUUUUAUUUUCUUCUCUUCUUCUUUUCUUUUAUUUUCUCCUCUCUGUGCAGCCUGUAAAUUUUUCAUCUCUCUUCGAAACUUUGAUCCGACUCUCUUCCCUGUCCAGCUAAAAAGCUUUAACGCUCUCCUCCCCUCUCCUCGGAAACCUCUUUCUCCAUAUUCAAAUCCGUCUUCGAUCUCUUAUUCUUUGUUUCGAUCUUGUUUUUUUAGCUUCGAUCAUGGGUGUUGCCGUUCUUAAUCCCCAAGAUUGUUUGAGAGAUCCUUUCUCCAAACAGAACCUGAUUUCUCCUCAUAUGAAACAUCCCCGAAACCCUAACACUAACCCGAACAGGUUAAACCGGAACCAUGCGAGCCGCGGGAAGCGGGGUCUGAACCGGUCGCAGAACAACUCGCCUCCGGCACGCGCGGUGGUGCCUCCGAGAAACCCUAGCAAGAACCUCGCCAUGGGUCAGGUCAAGAUCCUGAAACGGGGUGAAGAACUCAACAAAACGGUGCCGGAUCCGGUCAGUGAGACCAAGAAAAUUAAGACCCGAGAGGUUCCGGGUCUGUCCUCCACUGAACCACCAACUCCGAAGCCUGAGACGGAGCCUGAGUUGGUUUCGACUCGAACUGAGUCGGUCCCAGUCUCCCCGCUCUACUAUGCGGGAUCUGCCUUUUUUGCUUCUCCCCCACCGAGUUCUCUUCCAGUUCCUGCCUUCUUCAGCAAGAAGACGAUCAGUGGCAACAGAUACGACGACGCUACAAGUAAUUUGAUAAGGAUUUUGCGUUUGGAUCUUGCUUAAGAGUUGGAUCUGUGAUGGAUGGGUUUUAAGUUUUAUCUAUGUCUUUUUCCGCUUGUUUGGGUUCGCUAAUCAUCGUUCUUCUCUUAUUUUUUCAACGGGAAGAUCGAGUUGGCUGACUCAAUUUACUUCUGAGCUCUGCAACUAAGCAAAGCUUGCGGUACUUGUGGGUUUUUAGGUUUUUAGAUGUUUGAUAGACAUUUGCUUGUAUAGGUUUUCUUUCUUUGGCUUGUUUCUUUGUUUUUCUUUUCUUUUUUUUCUCUUAGGUAAAGCUUUACAGUUUAUGGUAUUUUCAUCUUCGUUAUGGUAGAUAAGUGGGAAGGGUAUGUCAGAUUUGUAAUAUGCUAUCUUAUAUCUUAGCUAUAUCGUUGUAGGUUUAGAAGAUGUGCAAAUCUGUAAUCAUGUUUCUGUUGUAGUAGUUUUACAUUAUGGAAAUAAUAAAAAAA